CCAGCAGGAGCGCGUGAAAGUCAAUAUGACUUCUGUGCCAUAUCUCAAGUAUCGAGGUAUUCUUUUGCCUCCAGAGGCUCACACCAAAAAGAGCUUGGAGUUUGCUGAAAACUUCACAGUGGAGGACACGGAUGUAUUUACUGUGACAUUUCCCAAAUCAGGUACAAUUUGGAUGCAGGAGGUCGUUCCUCUGAUCCUGAAUGGUGGAGAUCUAACUCCAAUCCAGACUAUCCCGAACUGGGACAGGUCCCCAUGGUUGGAGGAGACGAGGUUAUCUAUCGUAGUGGACAAGCUGAAAUCUCCCCGUGCGCUGACUUCACAUUUCCUCUAUGAGCUCAUGCCUGCCUCCUUCCAUCAGUCUAAGGCAAAGGUAAUCUAUGUGAUGAGGAACCCUAAAGACAUUGCUGUUUCAUUCUAUUACUUCCAUCAUUCAGCGUCAUUUCUGGAAGAUCCGGGAACAUUUGAAGAGUUUCUGGACAAAUUUCUUGAAGGAAAAUUGGUGUUUGGAAAAUGGACAGAUCAUAUAAAAAGCUGGAAAAACGCCAAGCUGAGAGAUCGUAUCAUAUACAUCACAUAUGAAGAAAUGAAGGAGGACCUGCCUGCUGUUGUGAGGAGCCUAUCCAGUUUCUUGGGGAAGAAUCUGAGCGAUGAAGUGAUCCAUAAGAUAGCACACCACUGCAGCUUCGAUGUCAUGAAAAACAAUCCCAUGUCCAACUUCAGUCUGGUACCAAAGAUUUACAUCGACCAUGAGAAAUCCCCAUUUUUCAGAAAAGGUGUCACUGGAGAUUGGAAAAACCACUUUACUUCUGAGCAGCUGAGACGUUUCUGCUCCACUAUCAAGAAAGAAAUGGAAGGAGAGAGCUUCACUUUGCCCUGGAGCCUGGAUUAACCACAGUGCAAUUAUGUUUAAGCUUUCAAAUCUUUAUUCAAUUAUACAUUAAUAAGAAAAUCAUGUAAUU